AUGUCAUUCGCCGUUGUUCUCGAGGGCAUGACGCUGAUCACAUAUAUUGUGAUCUUGUCCGGUGGGAAGCAGAUGAGAGAAACAGGGUGGAAGGUCCUGACGGUCUUCCUGGUAUUUAUAACCUUGGUGCAAUGCGGGGCGAUGGCGCUGGUGUCAUAUCUUUUUGACAACGAUGAUCGAUUCUAUCCGGGUUGGAAACUGGAUACUUCUUGGAUACUAACAGUGGUCAGCAUGUGUCUGGCUGGGUUUAACGCCGUGAUUAUCUAUAUGACCAUUCGGUCCAGUAGAACCACCCAUCAUGACUUCUCUAAGGUUCCAUCCUCUAGCCAGUCGGACUUUCUUUUGGUUGACUGUACUAAAGCUUUCGCGGCCCUGACGCGAGACUUCAAGGAAGCCGCCGAAAAUGCGGUGUCUUUACCAGAGGACGACCCGGACACGUUUGAACGGUUCCUACAGUGGCUCUACUCUGGGAGAUAUAUCCUGUCUGGGAUUGGCUCUGACGAGGAGGUAGACGAGCGAUAUCUGCAGCUCGCACAGCUCUAUACGCUGGCUGAUAAGCUGGAAGUACCGCCGCUGAAACAUGAGAUAAUCGAUGAACUGUUUAUGAUGAAGAGAAAUCCGGACAAACCGCCGCAAACCGAAGUCAUUGCUUAUGUGUACGAGAACACGGGAGAGCGAUCACCACUUCGAAAACUGAUGGUUGCAUGGCUGGUCUGGCACGUCGAUUUUCGGUGGUACUCCACGCCGAAUGCCACCAACUUCUUGUCUCAAUGCCCCGAGUUCGCGGCCGAUCUGGCUGUGGCUCUGGCACAGCGACUCGGGGCCUUUAGCUCGCUGAGCCCGUUCUACUCAUCCCCUGAUAAGUACUACGAAGACUCAGGUACGGUUUCGUCAGUACAGAGCCCAACAGGAGACACCUGGAAAUCUUCACGGUUGGUGAGCACUCAGAAGCAGGGUCUGAACAUUACCCCGACAAUAAGCACUGGUGCAACUCCGCAAUCAACUUCUGGACCGCGUCCGCUUAGCGGCACAAGCACGUUUGGAGGAGGCGGAUCGACUUCUCAGCCGGGUAGCUGCCUCUUAAGGGUAUCAGAGCCGCUGAGAAGCCCUGGAUUGUUCUCCAACGCGAGCUCAGACACUACUCAAACGCCCACCUUUGGUCGCCUUGCAUUUGGAUCUACGGCCGCGAAUGGUUUCGGGACCUAG